CCGGGGCUGCCGGCGGCUGCGGAGCCGGAGCAGCGGGCGGCGGGGACCGCACCAUGGGCUGCGGCUGCUGGCGGCUGCUGGGCGUCGUGUGGCCGCUGCUCCUGCACUUCGUUGUGAGCCAGGAGCCCGUCAGUAUGGCAGGGAAGUGCGACAUCAUCUACAAGGGCUUUGCCAGCUGCCUCAUCAGCCUGGGUGACAGCAUGGCCCAGAGCGUCCGGCAGCAGCGGGAGGAGGGUGGCGAGGAGGCACAGGAGCUGGACACCAUCUGCAAGUCCUGGGAUGAUUUCCAUGCCUGUGCUAGCGAAGUGCUGUCAAGCUGCCCUGAGGAAGCAGCUGCCAUCUGGGAGUCACUGCGCCAAGAGUCCCGUAAGAUCCAGUUCCAGGGGAACCUGCAGGAGCUGUGCAGCGGCCGCCUGGCCAGCGCCCGUGGCUCACCGGCUGCCGAGACCAACCAGGCCACGCUGCGGGGCUUGGCCACCCCGCUGUGUCCCCGGCUGCUGGCCCUGCUGGCCCUGCCGCUGCUGAUGCCCUGGCUCUAGCCCUGCCUGCCCGCGGGGUGCCCUGCCGAUGCCCUGGGUCAGCCUCUGGCACUGGCGCCCACAGUCCCCUCUGAGCCCACCUCCCCUGGGCAUCCCACGCAGGGCACGGUCUUCUCCUGGAGCGCUUCAGAUGGAUUUAUAUUUAUAUUAAAAGACACUUUUACAUUU